AUGUAUCCAGGACAACAAUACCACCAGCAACAACAGCAACAACAGCAACACGGUUAUGCGCCACCGCAAGGGAACCCUCAGUACGGAUACGCUCCCCCAGGCGGCAACGCUCCCCCUCCCCAGGGCUAUUACUCCAACCCUUACCCACCACAACAGCAAAACCCAGGCUACCCUGCCUACCCUCAACAGCAACAGCAGUUCUACCCUCCUCCUGCCUCGCCUUACGGUUAUCCUCCACCCGGUGGGAACUAUGCUCCUCCUCAGCAGCAGCAGCAGCAAUAUGCUCCGCCUGUUGCCCCAAUGACCCAUCACCCGAUUGCACCCGCACAUGUACCUCCUCCUCCCGAGGGCUGGGCAGUCCGCCAGAGUACCGUUCGUGCACCACCCACGGAUUUCAAGCUCUCUAACUGUCAGGGUCGCAAGCGCGCCCUCUUCAUCGGAAUCAACUAUUUCGGACAGGGUAGCGAGCUCCGAGGAUGUAUCAACGAUGUCAAGAACAUCAAGACGUUCAUUAUGAAGAACUAUGGGUUCAAGGAGGAGGAUACUAUCUCGUUGACCGAUGAUCAGCAGGACUCGAGUCGUAUUCCCACCCAUGCAAAUAUCCUUGAGGCUAUGCGGUGGUUGGUCCGUGACGCCCGUCCUGAUGAUUCUGGACACGGAGGGCAGGCCAAGGACGAGGACGGCGACGAAGACGAUGGCUUUGACGAGACAAUCUACCCUGUGGACCACGAGGCAGCAGGCGUGAUUGUGGACGACGAGAUGCAUGCGAUCCUCGUCAACCCCUUGCCAGCAGGAUGCCGUUUGACCGCUAUCAUGGACUGCUGUCACUCUGGAUCAGCUCUCGAUCUUCCUUACAUUUACAGCACUACGGGUAACUUGAAGGAACCCAAUAUGAUGGCAGAUGUUGGUCAAGGAGUCUUGGUUGCUGGUAUGGCGUAUUUGAAGGGUGAUACGGGCGGUAUGCUUCGUGGAUUGGGUGAUUUGGGCAAGAAGCUGUUGACGUCGAGAAACCACCGUGAUAAGUCUUUGGACAACAAGUCUAGCCCGGCCGACUGUAUUAUGCUCAGUGGAUGCAAGGAUACUCAGACCUCUGCCGAUGCACACGAGCAGAGCUUUGGAAUGACCGGAGCCAUGACUUUUGCGUUCAUCACAGCCUUGACGGCGAACCCACAACAGAGCUACUUGGAGUUGCUGAACAGCAUCCGCGAUAUCCUGCGCGCCAAGUACGAGCAGAAGCCUCAGCUGAGCUCGAGUCAUCCCUGCGACCUCAGUCUCCUCUUUACCAUGUAG